AAGGAAGGAAUUUAUCAAUACAAAGCCAGUAGAUGGUAAGAUUUUCUCAUGCCUUGCAACUAGCGCUGAUAAGACAGAAACUCAAAAUACAGGCACUAGUAUCGUGGUGCAAUAAAACCGGAUGAAGGUUCGUCGAGAGAGGAGGACAAGUGAAUAGAAUUUCCUUAGAGAAAGGAGGCCCUUACAUGGGUUUAAAUUGGAGGCUGGUGAGGAAAAACCUGAAAACAUUAAACUGCGUGCAUGAUUGUGAGGAUCGUUUUCCCCUUAUGUAAGAGUCUGGAUGUCUGGUUUCUUUAUUACAUUUCUCAUUAGCAUUUGCGGUGAUUUAAGGACCUGUCAUCGUUUAUAAGACGAGAAUUUUUUUAUCUUAUUAGGUGCUGGUUAUCGACAGAAAAUUACUAUAUAUGGUCAUUUGCAGCACCAGUGAUAUUGAUAACUACUGUAAGUACCUAUCAAAGGCUCAUACCAACUGUCAGUUGAUUUCGAAUUUAUCCGACCAAUAUCAAAUCCAAACAAAAGAACAUCUUGAGUAUACGUGCAUUUAUUCAACCAAUUUACUAAGAUCAUACUUAAGAGGCAGCUUGUCACUAUAUAUUGCCUCAAUAUUGUCACGGAAAAAGCCCGGAGGACCAAAACUGUUGGACAGGGGAGCGAGCGCGCAAACUAAAAAUUUUUCGGACGGAAAUGAUGGGGAUGAUAUAAAGACAGGUCAUCAUUAGAAAAAAAGUCUUAUCAACUUAUCAACUUUUAUCAUGUGCUAGUGAAAUGUGUCACACAUGUACAACAUUACAUUUUUCUGUAAUCCGCUUCUCAUGAUUUGAUUGAUUUGUCAUUUUUCUUUAGAUAAACGUCAUGGUGUUUUGUGGGGUCGUUAAGGAAAUGGUUACUAUGCCAAGCACGCGGUCGAGGAAGUUUCAUGCACUAAAGUUAGUGACUCAGUCAGUCUGUUUUUCUUUCUUUUGUUUUUUAAAAAGGGCCUUGCAGAACACCACUUUAUGUUUACGGGGAUGAUGGGCUUUAUAAUGGUUUUAGUGCACGCGCGAGUCACCGGAAAAGGUUUCCUCCUCCCCUUUUAAAUCAAAGAUGGCGACUAGUCACGCCUUUAAUUUCAUGUUUAGAGCCACAGAUUUUGUGAAAUUAUAUUUUCAUUAAUACUGAUAGAUAAACGUUGAAUCAGGGAUGUCUGCAGAAAAUGCGUUUAGCACGUCGUUCGGGUAGAUCACGCAAGAUUUAUACUUUGAUCUUUUGACUAAAGCAUUAUUAAUUUAGCCAGUUUCUCUUUAUUAGGACAACUGUAAAAGCUUGUAUUGUGUUAUUUCCUCUUUUGGGAGUCACAUGGUUGUUUGGUUUGCUGAGUCUCUCCAAGGCUGGACUUGUUUCACAAUAUGUUUUUACGGUGCUUAACACACUACAGGUGCGUGAAGAAAUAAAUUUGACAUAGUUACUCCUCAUUUUUGACUAAAUGCAAUAAACGGUCUCCCUUUUAAGUACCCAAGUUUCUUCACAGUAUGCUGUUUACGUUUCAAUUUUAACCCCGAGUCUAACAAGAAUAAUGUACUACGAAAACAAAGGAAUAUAGUUUUAUAACACACUCUAUUUUGCUGGCGUUUAAAUGUUUGCCGCUUUAAUACCUACGAGACUGAUGGGUACAAGCUUAGUACAUAAAGAUUGCUCGGAACUUUUUCGUAGAUUUCAUUGGUUAGUGGUUUCCGAUGGAUACCAUCUAAUAAUCAAAGCUCUCUCUUGUCCACGUAAAUGAUCUCAAAAAUCGCUGCGUCCAAAGCUGCACUCAUUUUCCCUGAACUCAUGCAUGGAGUCUCCUUUGUAGGAUGAAUGCUUGCCCUGAAACGAAUUCCUUUUCUUUUCUUUGUUCUGUGAUUUGUGGAUCUUAAGAUAAAACUUAAAUAUUCUCUCAAAAGGGAACGAGUCUUCAAGAAAGGUUUCUGAAUCGAACGAACAGAGGAACUUAACUAGCAAUAGUGUGUAGGUUGAGUUUGAUCGUCCAGGUGAACGUAGUCUCAUGAAUAUGACUGUUGUUGACAGUGACUAACGUUUCGACAACCUGCUGUGCGGUAGUCAUCUUCAGAGUCAAAGUGGGUUGUAUCACGUCAGUUGAUGGUAUUAAACUCUUGACUAGUUAUUAAUCUAAUUGGUCAAUUAAGUCGACGAUCAUACUCAAACUACUUAUAAAAUGACUCUUUGGUUCAAUCCUUUCACAAUGCUGUACUCAUUUUCAUCUUCUCCCGUCGUUUGGUUAUUUCAGGGAUUGCUGAUCUUUCUUUUACACUGUAUAAGAAACUCUGAGGUAAGUUCAACAACUUGGAUUUCACGGGGAAAAACACUCGAAUUUUCAAUUCAACUUUGUUUACAAUCAUCUAUCAAUGUAAUGAAGACAUGGGUUAUUGGGUACAAUUAGAGGAGUGGUGCACACCCAUACCAGUUUUCCACCAAGGAUUAUUGAGUUCCUCGCAAAACCGUCAUAAAAAUAAGUGUUGUAUUCCAGUAUAUUUUGAUCAGUUUUCGCAUUUACUCGCUCUUGUUCGCUAUGGAACGAAAUGCUAGGGAGAAGAAACUACUUCUAAAUGAAAAAAUCACAUCUUUGUAAACUAUGUAUCUCCUGCGUUGUACGUACCUAAUAUACAGGUACAAACAACAGAGGUAAAUUUCGAAAAAUUCCCAGUUAGGGCAUUCCGCUAACCUUCUUCAAUUCGCCCAUCCGAUUUACAUUCGUCUCCAUUCUUGUUCUAGAUAAGAGCAGUAUGGAAUAAAAAACUACAAAACGUUAAAAGGCAAACUUGGAAUUUGUUCAGGAUAGGAAGACCGCCAGCGACCACGAGCUCAACUCCAGAGGCCCAGUCCUACAGACCGGAACGAUCCGAGAUGGAAAUGAGCAGGAGAAACAACAAGAUUGCACCUGUCGAUGGAUAG